AUGGCCAUGGACACCGCGCACCGAGACCACCUCCUCGCCGCGCUGCACGGCGUCCUCGGCGCCGCCACCCUCCUCCUCUGCCUCCUCGCCGAGCUCGUCGUGUUCGCGCUCCGGCGCCACGCCGCGUUCUACCUCGCCCCCGCGGCCGCGAUGCUCCUCGUCGGCCGCCUCCGGCGCCGCGCCGCAGCGGCGGAGAUAGGGCUCGUCGAUUUCGCGUGCCUGAAGCCGCCCCGCCGGCUGCGCAUCCCCGUGGCGGGCCUGCUGGAGCACUUCCGCCUCAUCGGCUGCUUCGACGGCGGCAGCGUCGAGUUCAUGACCAAGGUCAUCGAGGCCAGCGGGAUGGGCAACGAGACCUACUUCCCGCCGUCGCUGCACUACAUCCCGCCGGCGGCCACGCACGCCGGCGCCGUCCAGGAAGCGCACAUGCUCUUCUUCCCCACGCUCGACGACCUCUUCGCCAAGACCGGCGUCCCGCCGUCCGCCGUCGGGGCGCUCGUCGUCAACUGCAGCGGGUUCUGCCCGGCCCCGUCGCUCGCCGCCAUCAUCGCCAGCCGCUACCGCAUGCGCAGCGACGUCAGGACGUUCAACCUCUCCGGGAUGGGCUGCGCCGCGGGCGUCGUGGGGGUGGACGUCGCCCGGGGGGUCCUGCUCACGCACGCCAUUCCCUACGCCGUCGUCGUCAGCGCCGAGAUCGUCACCGUCGGGUGGUACAGCGGCAAGGACCAGGGCAAGCUGCUCCUCAACUGCUACUUCCGCACGGGCUGCUCCGCGGCGCUCGUCACCAGCCGCCGCGGCGUCGCGGCGCGGGUGCCGGUCAAGUACCGGCUCGCGAGACUGACGCGCACGAACCAGAUCGCCAACGACCGGAGCUACCGCUCGGGGUACCGCGAGGAGGACGGCGAGGGAGUCACCGGCUUCACCCUGGGGCAGGGCGUCGGCCGCAUGGUGAGCGAGCUGCUGCGCGCGCACCUCGUGACGCUCAGCCUGUCCAUCCUCCCCUGGCGCGAGAAGCUGCGCUACGCGCGCGCGCUGCUGCUCCUGCUGUCAUCCCGCCGGCGCCGGGACGACGGCAGCAACAAGCUCGCCCGCGGCGGCGGCAGCGGCAGCCGCCCCGCCGUGCCGCUGCCCGACUUCCGCGCGGCGGCGGACCACUUCUGCCUGCCGUCGUCGGGGCGGCCGAUGAUCUGGCGGCUGGGGCAGGGGCUUGGGCUGGGCGAGCGGGAGAUGGAGGCGGCGCUGAUGACGUUCCACCGGUUCGGGAACCAGUCGGCGGCGUCGCUGUGGUACCAGCUCGCGUACCUGGAGGCCAAGGGGCGGGUCCGCGUGGGCGACACGGUGUGGCAGCUCGGCGUCGGCAGCGGCCUCAAGGCCAACAGCCUGGUGUGGAAGCGCGCCGCCGGGAGCGACGGGGAGCGCGAGCUGGGGCCGUGGGCGGACUGCAUCCACAGGUACCCUGUCGCAGAAACCUAA